UCCGGUUUACAAAGUCGGCGUACAGGCGGUUUUCUUCAAAACAUUAUGGCGUCGAGAAGAGCGACAACAGUUCCAAGUAGUUUUAAAAGCAUCCCCACUGACUCUAAAAGUUCAAAAAGCAGUAACCCUGCUAAUAAAGCCAACAACGUCGGAUCUGUGAAGAAAACUGUUAAAUCAAGUGGGACUGUUGUUAAGUCUCGAUAUCUUCAGUCUGCUGAGAAGACAUCUCUUUCAAAGAGUAACUCACUGACCAAUGAGUCGAUCACUGUGCCACGACCAUCUUCACCAAAACCCACAGGUGUCAAACCAAAGGCGGCUACUCCGACAAGACGCUCAAUGGCCCCAUAUGCAACAUCAAUGAUGUCACGUGAAAAUGAAGCAUCACUUCUUGGGAGAAGUGUUCUGCAGUCCACAUUCUCAGAUAAUCCCCGCUUUCGACCAGAUUUAGAUAUUUCGGUUAUCAAAGAUCGAACAGUCAUUGAAAAUGCAGUAGAACCUGAAAGAAAUGCAGAGAAUGAAAAGAUGAUGGUUGAGAUGGAAACAUUUCUUCUGGCCUACCUCACAGCUAAGAUGGAGAGCAAUACAGCAAAACUCAAGGCUGAGGCAGAAACAAAGAUUCUGCAGGCAAUGGAGGAAGAGCAGUCAUUGCAUGAUGAGGUUAAGGAGAAGAAAUGUCAGUACCUCCUCGCAGAAAAGAAACGGCUGGUGAAUGAACUGCUGGAUUUGCAGAUCAAGCUUGGUUCUCUAAAAUCUGCUGAUAAAGCUGUGGCAUCCUUAAAGGAGAGUGAGAAAUUGCUGUUGGAGUGCACAGAGGGUGAUUAUAAGGACAACAGCACAUCUCUGGAGUGCCUUCGAGACAUAAAAGUAACAUCAAAGGACAUCAGUCAGCAGCUGUCCGGGGCCUUUAAGGAGCAGCUGGAACUGUCAUCACUGGUCUGUCGUCAAAGAAUCUAUGUGCAGCAGAGCACAGAGGAGGAGCAGCUGGGCAGUUCAAGAUCCAGAGAGCUCUACUGCCCCAAACACUGAAGGAUCGCAUUCAGCAUGGGAUACACAGAACAAGCACUUUGGAUAUGCUCCAACUCUACAUGUUUCUAUAUAUUCACAGGUUUUGUCUGUUUUUGUGUGUACUGUGUAGGUGUACAUUUGUGAUUUUCUUUGUGGUUGUGUUGUAAUGUUGUAAAUGUGGACUAAUUGCUCCUUUAUAGAUGUGACCAAUAAAUACAAGAAAGAA